AUAUGUAUUGACUUUCUGAAUCAGCAGGAAGAAAAUGGUUGGAGGAGUCUGAAAUUCUACAGCAUGGGAAAAGUCAAGAAAACACCUAUAAAGGAUGAAAAGCAAAAGAAGAUUUCAAGUUUUUUUCAGCAGGGAAAUAGUACUAGUAAACCAGCCACCAGUAAUUUAUUUACAACUCUUGGAAACAAACCCACAACAGUGUCUAAGUUAUCCCUCAAGAGGAACAAGUCCACAGAAUCUCUAAAAAGCAACCAAACUGACAAGAUUGAUGCAGCAAGUAGGAAAUGUGUUCAAUCUAGCUCAGUUAAAAGCAAUGUAGGGCUGCCCAAAAGAACUGAAGGGGAGGGAGACAUACCUCAUAAGGAGCCAACAGUAAUUCCAGAAACACAGUUAUUCAAAAGCCCAGCUCUCUGUAAGCAGGGAGAUGAGAGAAAUGACUCAAUCAGUGAUUGUGAAGAAAUAAUGAUUCCUGAUACACCAGAAGAUUCUAAGGUGGAGCCUAAAGGGAAGAAAGGCUUUGGGAGAAGUUUUUUGACAUCCACUGCAGCAGUUGGGAAGAAGCCUGGUCUGACAAAAGCAGAGAUAAUUCAGAAGAAACAUUUAUCUAGAGCUCGAAAGAGUUUAGUUUCGAUAUCUUUGUCUAGUCAUAUGAAUGGAAAUAUCACUGAAAAAGAAAUUGAUAAAAAUUUGGAGAAGGUUGAAGGAAAUGGAUGCCAUGAAAUCCUGAGUGAUGUAACUGUUGAGGUAGACCACAGAGAUUCUGGCAUUGGUCUAAAAGAAAGCUUUGAUAACACAAGAUUAUUGAUGGAAAAUGAAUCUCAGGUUUUUGGCCAAACAAAGAUUGGGAAAAGCUCAGAAAGUAUGCAGGAUCAAGGUUUAGUAGAAAAAGAAAAUAUUGAAAGUGAUGCAGAGAAUAUAUGUGACUCAAGUUUGAUCACAAUGGAUGCAGAGACACCCACUAAAUUGUAUGAAACUUCCAUCAAGAGGAUGUCAAAAACUGGGGAAUCCCCUGAAUACAAAAGAAUCACUGCGGAGGAUGAUUUCAAAGACAGCAGUGAUGUCAUUAUAGAUAAAAAUAGAGUUAAACGCAAUCUGUGUAAUGUAAAACCUAGUGAAAAAAGGAAGAAAAUAAAACCCAAAGUAUCAGCAGUGAAUAAUUACCAACUGACAAUGAGUACACAUAGGAAAAAUGAAAGUGAAAGUGAUGUGACAACAGCUGAUGAUGAUGUUCUAGGAGAGUUACUGGGAGAGCUGGAUGCCAAAACAAAUGCAGAACCUUUGACAUUUGUUGAUGAAAAUACACCCUUAACAACACUAAAAUUAAAGAAUAGAAAAUCACUCUCAAAGAAGAAGAGCCCAUUGUUGAUAAAGAAUGCAGAAGUUUCAAAAGAGGAGCAGAUGUUAUUUCAGACUUUGGACGAGGAAGUUCAUGCAGAAUUUCAAACAACUAAGGAAGUUUCUGCUUCUGUGCAACAUUCGGAAACAUGUGCUCCAAAGUCACCAACUCCUCGCACUGCAGUGUCCAUGAAGCUUAAAUCUUCCCAGAAUUCUAUUCAAGUUGAACGGUUUCAAGACACUUACAAAGAAAGUAUGGAUAUUGAACUGGUUGGAACACCAGAAGAUUCUGAAAAAUUGACAACUGCUACACAAAACAUUAAGGAGUUUGCUUCCCAAAUACCAAAAGCUCCUCCAAUGGUGGAUGACAUUGAAGAGUUCCAGUCUCAGAUGGAUGACAGUCUUUGUGAAGGCUUGGAUGCAUUGUCACCAUUCAAAACAAAUGUAAAGGUGAACAAAACAAUAGAUGCUGAAACUGAACUCCCAAUAUGUACAAAAUAUGGAAGGCAUACUGUUGUUAAGAAAGAGCAUGUCAACCAUGAAGUAGUGCUGAAUGUGAAGACAUAUGACACUGAAGAAAUGAGGACUUGUGUACUUUGUGGAUUUUGGUCAGAUACACAUGUAGAGGAGGGAGACACAAUUCACAUCCUUGGAACGUUUGACAGUAAUGGAAUUUGUAGAAUCACAGACAAAGAAGGCUUUAUUAUAGUUAACCCUGAUCUCCUGUUGUCAGGGACAACUGUGGUGUCUAGUAUAUUCUGCAUGAGAAAAUCCAUCUUAAAUGACAAAUUCAAGGGAUGUGACAGAGGAAACAUCCAGAUGUUAUAUGGAAGCAUCAUCCACUCAGUAUUUCAAGAGGUUUUAAGAAAACAGAUGUAUGAAGAGAACCAAAUCACAGCAGAGGCAGAGAACACAAUGAAACAAAGCAAAUUUAUCCAUGAAAUGUAUGGCAAUGGUGUGACAGAUUUACAAGUAAUGGAAGAAAUUAAAAAAUAUAUCCCACCCUUACAGAGCUGGUUGCUGAAACAUACUCAGUAUACUCAGAGUAUGAUAGGAGCACAAAGCAAAACAUCUGGUAACAUUACUGUUAGCAGUGUUCGAGACAUUGAGGAAAACAUCUGGUCACCAAGGUUUGGAGUGAAAGGCAAAAUUGAUUUGACAGUGGAUGUUAAGCUGAAUAAGAACCAUAGAGCUACUGUCCCUCUGGAACUAAAAACAGGAAGAGCCAGUUUCUCCAUGGAGCACAAAGGCCAAGUGACCCUAUACAGCAUGAUGAGUUCAGAUAGACGUCAGGAUCCCAAACAAGGUCUUCUCCUGUACCUAAAGGAACCAGUCAUGAAAAUGAUAGAGGUGGAUCACGUCAACAAGAGAGGUAUCAUCAAUCUGAGAAAUGAGAUGGCCUACUACUUGAGUCGACAGGUCCAGAGGGUAGAUUGUGAGGAUGGUCAUGUGACCUACAGCUUGGGGAGACUCCCAGAGCCAAUUAACAACCCACGAGCCUGCACCAAAUGUCCUCAGCUUCUUAAUUGUGCUCUCUAUCAGAAAAAUGUAGAGAAUCGAGCUUUGUCGAAUAACCAUGCUAUGCAGAAGUUGGUUCCUGAGACCCUUGCUCACCUAUCCCCCUCCCACAUGGAAUAUUUUAUUCACUGGUGUCUGCUGCUGGAUCUUGAAAACAAAGCAAAUCAGAAGUCAGGGGGUCUGAAGGAAAUCUGGUGCAAGACAGGACCAGAAAGGGAGAAGAAAGGUGAUUGUCUGAGUCACCUGACAGUUUUACCUGAAAAAACCAAAAACAGUGAGGACAAGGAUGUGGUCUUCAUUCAUUUCCACCGAAAAAUGGGACUAAGUAGUCCUUCCCUGAAUAUGGUUGGAAUUUUGAAGCAUGAUUACGUGAUUGUGUCUGCAGAGACAUCGGAAUUAGUUGCCGUGUGUGCUGGCAGUAUAACAAACAUUUCAGAAGAAGAAGUUGUCCUACUAACAGAAAGAGAAGGGUUACAGAGACUGACGACCUUGAAAUCUCACCUUUUCCGUUUAGAUAGAUAUGACAGUUAUAACACGUCAGCUAUAUUUUACUCUAAUUUGUCACGUCUACUGUAUGACGAGCCUGUGAGUUGCAGAUUACGUGAACUUUUUAUUGAAAAUAAGAAGCCAGAAUUCAUUUUGAAAAUGUCUAAAGGAGAAAUUGAAAAAGUCAAAGAUGUUUUCAAACCUUUAAACAAACCUCAGAAAACGGCAAUAUUAAAGGUUUUAAUGUGCAAGGAUUACGUUCUUAUUAAGGGCUACCCUGGAACAGGUAAAACUUCUACCAUUGUGGCUCUAGUCAAGGUCCUGACCCUCUUAGGACAUUCUGUCCUGCUGACCAGCUACACACACUCAGCAGUGGACAACAUCCUCAUUAAACUUCUCAAGGAGAGAGUCAAAUUUGUACGCCUCGGAAGGACAAGUAAAAUUCACCCUACUGUACAACCCUAUGGAGCAGAGAAACUGACAGAAAACAUCUCUAAUGUGGCUGACCUGAGGGAAUUUUACAGUUCACAAAGAGUGGUUGCUACCACGGCUUUAGGGAUGAACCACUCAGUCUUUACCCAGAGGCGGUUUGAUGUCUGUAUCAUGGAUGAAGCCUCCCAGAUCCUCCAGCCUGUCUCCCUAGGGCCCCUCUUUUAUGCUGAUAGGUUUGUCUUAGUGGGGGACUCCAAACAGCUUCCACCAGUUGUACAGAGCAAGGAAGCUAGGGAUCUGGGUAUGGAUGAGAGCCUUUUUGUUAGAUUACAAAAUGGAUCUGCUACUUUUGAAUUAAAUCUACAAUAUAGAAUGAACAGAGAUAUUAUGUAUUUGAGCAAUACACUUGUCUACAAUGGAUGUCUAAAGUGUGGAAAUGAUAGUGUUGCCUUCAACAGAUUGAAAUGGUCUAAAAGUAGCCUUGUGAAUGAGGUUUUUGAGGAGUACAGCUGGAUGAGUGAAGUUCUUUCAGAUGAACCUUAUAAGGCAGCAUUAUUUCUGGACACAGAUAAGGUGCCAGCACAAGAAGAGAGAGAUAGUACAGGCUUAAUCAAGAAUGUCAUAGAAGCUCGAAUUGUUACAUGUCUGGUAGAAUCCUUUGUUAAGAUUGGUGUAAAGGAGAGCAAUAUAGGGGUCAUUGCUCCUUAUAGGAAGCAGGUGACCUUGAUCCGUGACCUUUUAACCUGCAAACAGGAAGUUGAGGUCAACACAGUAGACCAAUACCAAGGUCGAGACAAGGAUAUCAUCAUUAUUUCAUUGACAAGAAGCUUUUCCUCUCCAACAGAUGCAGAAACAAAGUCUGGUGAGCUGUUGAAAGAUAUCAGGAGGCUGAAUGUAGCUCUAACAAGAGCAAAGAAAAUGUUGAUAUUGGUUGGGCAUGUCAACUCUUUAAAGAGUUAUCCUCCCUUAGAAUCGGUGAUCAAGCUUCUCCAAGACAAAGAUUGUAUCUUAGCUCUACCUCAGGAUGCCCACUUGUCUUUCAGGAAAUGAAUUUCAGAUCUGGUGCCAAAUUUCAUUAAGAAUUCAAAUCAUUGUGAGUGUGCGACUAUUUCAUGUCAUUUAAAUGUUUAUGUGAUGUCAACAUAAAAUUUGUUAAAUAAAAGAAUGAUUUAUUUUUCACAUAUUUUGA